GUGGCAUUGGGCAGCGGGGCGGGGCGGCGCGCUCAGGGGCGAAGUCAAGGCAGCCGGCUGAACUCUGCCGACUUGUGUCCGCAGCCGCUGGCGGCGGAGUUUUGCGAGGCCCCGGGCGGGCGCGGCAUUGAUCCCCCUUCGCGGCCGCCAUGGACAACUCGGGCAAGGAAGCGGAGGCCAUGGCGCUGCUGGCCGAGGCGGAGCGCAAAGUGAAGAACUCGCAGUCCUUCUUCGCGGGCCUGUUCGGAGGCUCAUCCAAAGUAGAAGAAGCAUGCGAAAUCUACGCCAGAGCCGCAAACAUGUUCAAGAUGGCCAAGAACUGGAGUGCGGCCGGCAACGCCUUCUGCCAGGCGGCCCAGCUUCACCUGCAGCUCCAGAGCAAGCACGACGCAGCCACCUGCUUUGUGGACGCCGGCAAUGCCUUCAAGAAAGCCGACCCCCAAGAGGCCAUUAACUGUUUGAUGCGAGCCAUCGAGAUCUACACGGACAUGGGCCGCUUUACCAUUGCAGCCAAGCACCACAUCUCCAUCGCUGAGAUCUACGAGACGGAGCUGGUGGACAUUGAGAAGGCCAUCGCCCACUAUGAGCAGUCCGCAGACUACUACAAGGGGGAGGAGUCCAACAGCUCAGCUAACAAGUGUCUGCUGAAAGUGGCGGGCUACGCGGCGCAGCUGGAGCAGUACCAGAAGGCCAUCGACAUCUACGAGCAGGUGGGGACCAAUGCCAUGGACAGCCCCCUCCUCAAGUAUAGCGCUAAGGACUACUUCUUCAAGGCGGCCCUCUGUCACUUCUGCAUUGACAUGCUCAAUGCCAAGCUUGCUGUCCAGAAGUAUGAAGAGCUGUUUCCUGCCUUCUCCGACUCACGGGAGUGCAAGCUCGUGAAGAAAUUGUUAGAAGCCCAUGAGGAGCAGAACGUGGACAGCUACACAGAGGCGGUGAAGGAGUAUGACACCAUUUCCCGGCUGGACCAGUGGCUCACCACCAUGCUGCUGCGCAUCAAGAAGACCAUCCAGGGUGACGAGGAGGACCUGCGCUAAGGCCACCCACCCAGCCGGGACCAUGGGGUCCACCCGGACAAGGCCAGGCAAGGGCCCUCCCUUCUGCCCCACCCCGGGAGGCUCAGCACUUGCUCCUUCAGGGACACCUGAGGCCGGACAGCCACCACCCUCUCUCCCCCUACACCCCUCAACCGCCCAUUUAUUUAAGCCCCCACAGUGGCCCUUCUCCACCCCUGAAGCCAGAUGUUUGUCCCACACCUGAUUGCCAGGGGCUGAGGUGGGGAUCUGUGCCCCCCCCCCCCGCACCCACAUCUCCAAAUAUAUAUGUGGGGGGCUGGUUUCUCUCUCCCACUUUUGUCCCCCCAGCUCUGAGCAUAAAUACAUAGCCACCAAGAUUUGCUCUCUCCCCACUGGAGUGAGGAUACCCCUUUUUCCCCUUCCCUCCUGCAGCCCUGACCUCUCAGGAGAGACCCCAAGCUCUGGAACUCAGGGGACUGUCCUCAUACAGACACCCCUGACAUCUGCUCCUGCCCUAGCUUUGAGGUUUGUCAGUCAGAAGCUGAAACUAACUCAAGGAAGAAUAAAAAACCAACACUUUUG